GUCAAGUUCGCUGGUGAGGACGGCCAAGAUGAAGGUGGCGUGCGGCGAGAGUUUUUCCAGGUCCUAAUCCGACGUCUCUUCGACGAGUCGUACUCCAUGUUCACCCAUGAUCCGGACUCCCACGCGACAUGGUUCAGCGAAACCGUCCUGGAGACGGAGGACACCGACGAGCUGUUCAAGGUUUGUGGCACCGUGAUCGGUUUGGCCGUGUACAACAACGAGCAUGGUAUCGAGAUUCACUUCCCGCUGGCCAUGUUCAAGAAGCUUAAAGGUGAAGAAUUGGGUUUGGCCGAUCUUCAAGACAUCAAGCCGAAGGUUUGGAUGUCCUUGGAGCAGCUGCUGUCGUGGCAGCCGACCACGGCCGACCCCAACAAGGAGUUCGAGGACACUUUCUGCCUGACCUUCUCUGCCAACUACGACUACUUCGGUUGGUGCCACGCUAAGGGAUUUUCACUGGAAAAGACAUUGGCAAGCACUGAACAGCCCGACUUGACCUUGGACCUGACCUUCAUCGAGACUUUCCAGGACCGAUAUGGGUGCUUGUUCCAGGAGCUGCCAUCCAGGACUACCUGGAUUUGUGCAGUGUUGCUGCGGGUUGCAGCUGGUUGCUAUCACAUGUACUACAAUUGGUACAUGUCGCCCGCUCUCACGAAGAGCUGCUUCAGUGAACCUUCCCGGGAAGAGUUUGAUUCCUUCGAUUGCUCACUGGUGGCCUCCUGGCUGCAGGAUCCGUGCCGUACAAGCUCGGUGUGUCGCUGGAUUCUGACAGAGAGCUACAACCAAUGCUCGGCGGCGGUACCGUGGUACCAGCAAACUAGCGUGCUCGACAUGUUUACGGUCGACUGCACUUUUCAAACCAUCUCCCGAUCAAAGUUGCAGUACAGUGUGUUCUUUGGUAUACUCCUGUGGCCGGAGGUAGCGGUGCUCCUUUUGCUCGGAAUAACACUGCUGCAUUGGCUGUGUAAGCGCUGCUGGCCAGCCGACGCAAGCGCGCUGAGUGGCGCCUACAACCAGAAGCUGCAGACCUUGAUGGAAAGAUCCCUGCCAGCUCAGGCAUGCAAAUGGGAUGACCUGGCACCACCCUCUUUCAUGGCGAAGUUGAAAGUGCACAAGGCUUUCUGGGCCAUGGUCCUCGACAUGGCCCUUGACGUGAACGCGAUCGUCGUGUUUGCCACAAGUCACCAUCCCUGGUUCGCAGUGCUAUCCAGCAUGAUCGUGUGUCGGGCACUCUGGCAGCAGUUUGCAGACGGAGGGCCCUGGACACUAUGGACAGAUUAUUGCGAGUCCCUCUCCCGAGGCCGCCUCACCGACAAAUUUCAUGCUCUGAUUUUCCCUGAGAAGAGUCUUGAAGCUCCAGGCUCUUUGUUGCUUCAGUACUACACCUUCGAAUACGUUGGGAUUGAAAAUUCUUGGGCACUUUGGACGUUUGCUGCGUCCAUGCUGCUGAGCAUCUGCAACGUAGCUGAUGCAGCUUAUUCCAUGAUCGUUCUGAACACGAUGGCCCUGCUGGAGACGGCUGCAUCCGAAAACCCGGAGAUGGGUGCCAAGCUUGAGACGGUUGCAUCCGAUACAGCGGACUGCAACCAGAAGCUGGUGUGA